AUUUAUGAAAAUAUUGUUGCUUUUAGCAUAUUUUUUAUAUGUCUAAGCCGAAUGCUGUAAAUAUAUUUGAUGUAGAACUUUAGACUAUAAUCAAUAUGGAGUAUUACACUUCUGUGAUGAAUGUUGUUAUUGGUAUGAUGGUGAUUGGUAUUGUGAAACAUAUCAGUAUUGUUACACUUUUAUUGCAAUCACUGUAUCAAUAUGGAUUUUGAUAUGUUUAAUCUAUCUUAGUCUUUAUUUCUAUGUUAGAAAUAAGACCAUCUAGAGAAUAACUCUUAUUCAUAAUCGAUCAGCUAAAGCAUAAAGAGAAAAUAUUGUUUAAGAGACUUCAAAAAAAAAUGAAAUACAAAAUUAAACUAUUGAAGUAGCAACCAUGGAUGUACAAAUUUCAAAUGAUUAAUUAUGA